UGAUGAAACGCACCUAUUUUAUUCCACGAAACGCACCUACGAUAAAUUUUCGAUUAGAGAUGGGAUGCUAACUGAAACUAUCGAUAAUAAGUAAAAAUGUUAUUUUAUACAAUUUACAAAAAUGCUUUACUCCUCGACCAUAGAGUGUUUUUUUAAAUAAAGUAUUCCUGGUUAGUAUGGACGAAAACCAAAACCGAAAGUAUUAGUACAAUACUCCCUUAAUCUCUGGCGAUACGGGGCGCGCGUGGCGCGGGAGCACACAUACACAAGCCGCAGCCCCGCCUCCCCAUUGUAUCCUUUCGCGUCACAGGUUGCGUUUACCGACUUCACACGAAUCUAGCCGAGCAUUUCCGGAACUUGUUUACGCAAAAUUGCAGUUUGUUUUGCUGUGUUUAUACUCAUAAGUUGCGCGAAUGUGUUAAGUGAAGUUGUGAAAGUGUGGUUAUUUAAAAAGUUUGUGCAGUUUUAACAUGGAACCAAUUGCUGGACCUAGUAAUAAAAGCGCGCUAAUUAAAUAUGUGAAAAGCAGAAAGGGCAAGAGAGUUUUAUUAUAUAAAAAUAAAACGCAUAGACUAAUUAAAAUGUAUAAAAAUGGGAACACUUUGUGGCGGUGUACUAUACAAUCAUGUGGUGCCGUGCUUACUCUCAGCAAAUAUGAAGAUGUUUUAAAGAACAACGAGCAUUUUUGUACGCGGAAUAAAGUAACACAAUUUGUACAAGAAGUCGUGGAUGACAUACAUCAAGAAUCCAUGUCCACCUUGGACCCUCUUCCUGAGGUUUAUAAAUGAAAGCUAAAUAAUUUACUAGACCAGGGAAUAAAUUUGACACAAGAUAUACCAGAAUUUAAAAAUGUUAAAAGUACACUAUUUAACAAAAGAAAUAAAAGUCUUGGAGUCAAGCGCUUGUUUGCGAAAUCUCCAACAGAUGUACAAGUAAGUAAUUAAUAUAAAAAUAACUAUAUUUUAUUUGAUGCCUUGCCGUUUAGUCAUAAUAAUCUAUGCUCUAUACUACUUUUUUUUAUUUCAUAAUAUUGUUCGCACCGCUUGCUUUGGCAAUAUUUAGUUUUAGCGCCAUCUAUCAGCCAGGCACAAACCAUUGAUCUUUGUUGGGUGUUGGCCGCGCGCGCGCCGUCCGCCGCCCGACCCUUCUCCCCGCCAUCCUUUAGUACCCCAAGACCCUCUUCGCGCCCGCGCAUCGUGCACGAAUCUUAGACGAGAAAUAGAGAGCAACCUUCUAGUAUAAAGCAACUUUUUUUAAGUUAAAAUGCAUAUUUUUUUUUAUUCUUGAAUAAAACAUGCCAAUCAAAGUCAAAAAUUCAACAAUCAUUAAAAUGUCCUGUCCUGUCAUUAGACAAAAAACUUACAAAUAAUCAUUUAAAUAAAUAAGUGGGUCUGUGAGCUUUAGACCUAUCAAUUCUACCCCAAACACUUAAGUUAAUAUGUAUCCUAAACCUUAAGGCUGGAAACAGUGCUCGACCGACGGUCAGCGCCGACCGUCGGACGACGUAGCUAUAUCUGUGUAAGUCUAUGAACACGCACACAGCUACGCUGACGGUACGCGCGUGAUUUGGUACGCGCGAGCGGUCGGUCGAGCCGUCGGUCCGGCUCGUCGGUCGCGCGUACGUCGGUCGAACGACGAGCUGUGAGAUUGUAUCGUUGCGUUCAGUGCUUCGCUGACGGAACGCGCGUACGUACAUUCAAAGCAAAAAUGAAUAUUGAUACAGAGCGUCUUAUUACAGAAGUGCGGCUUCGUCCGGUAAUAUGGGAUUUAUCGCAUGUAUUUUAUAAAGAUCGUGAUGCUAGAAUAAGUGCUUGGCAAGAAGUUUGUAAAGAAUUAAUUCCGGAUUUCGACGAUAAAUCCGAGAGUGAGAAAAAGGAUAUAGACAAACAAGUGCAGCAGAGGUGGAAAACUGCGCGAGACGCUUAUGUGAGGUGUAAGGCUACAUUAAAGAAUAUACCGUCUGGAUCUGGAGGUAAAAAAAGGAAGACAUAUGUUUAUUUUGAGUUUAUGAAAUUUCUGGAUAAUAAACGAGAAUUGAAUACCGAGGAUUCAAUUUUGCCAAAUGAGAAGCCAAACCAAAAUGAAACUGCUGAAUACCAAAACGAAGGUGCUGUCGUAUCUCAACCUACUGGAAACGAAGGAACUCUUGAACCUCAGCAUUCAACUUCCGAUGAUUCCAACAUUAAUCAAAACAGCAAAACUGCCUCUAACGGUGGACGAAAAUUGACGCGAACACGUCAAAAACUCGCAAUGAAGAUGAGUUUGACAGAGAAAUGCUGACUUUCUUUAAAGAGAAUGCAAAAGUUAUGCAAAACGAUGAUAUGGCGUUUUUCAGUUCACUGUUGCCGAUUACUAAUACUUUUUCUAUCGAGCAAAAAUUAAUAUUUCGUCAAGAGGUGCUACAAAAAGCCUUGGAAAUUUCAAGGCUCGGCUUACACCGUCCAGGAACAUCGCAUUCUUUUACUUCAUCAGAUUCGCAACAUAGUAAUUCUAUGACGUUGUACCCAGUGGUACAAACUCCUAUUCAAACACUGCCCGGUCAGUCAAAUAUCCAACAGUCCUAUUUGAUAGAGGAACCCUCUUCUCAGCUGAUUCAUAUACAGACAAAUGAUUCAUCCAAUCAAAACUGUAUUAUAAACGAUUUUCUCACGUUCAAUAAAAAAAUGUAUUUUUUUAAAUAAAUGUUGAUUAAA